GCAUCCUCGGAGGAGAAUAUUUCUUAACCAAUUCACUGCUGUGUGGACAUAUGUACUCUCUUGUGUUUUCCAAAACUGGUUCUCUGCCAUAUUUGUACUGGUUUAUACAGACGUAAAGUGAACCUAAAAUGGCGGCAGGAAACGUCCAGCUUCCGAAAAUCACCGAGGGCUUCCUCGGACCUCAAGCCAAAUUUGAUGUUUAUGGCCUUUCAACCGUUUCCCAUAGCGAUCCGGUGGUGUACAUGCAAGAAGACCAGCCAGAAGUAGAAAUCAUUAUGGGCACUCAACCAGGAACGAGAGUCACCAUCAAACUGAUCUCCUACGAAAGGAAAAAGGAGUGCACGGAAUAUGUAUUAAUCCGCGCUCUUGGGCCCAACUACUUGUUCCUCAUCAGACCGCCUCUGCCAGGCUUCUACAAAUUCCAGAUUUACGCUCUUCCCCCGGAUGAGGCGGGCCCUCAGAUGCUGGGAGUGUACAAUUAUCUCGUCUAUUGUCCUGGCUCUUUCGGAGAUAACGCAUUCCCCAAGCAGUACCCGCCAUGGAAGUCCGGUUGCUACCUGCAUUCUAGCUUUCAGCUCCUCCGACCUUACGUGAAAGUUGACCAGGAGUGGAACCCGCUCCAACAAACGGAACCUGGCGUCUUCGAGGGUCUUGUGGACUUCAGCCAAGGUUACGCUUCCGGUUCAAAGGCCAAGGUCAAUGUGAAAUUCGCCGGAAACAAUUACCAGACUCUGCUGGAGUACUCAUUAUGA